AUGGCUCAAAAGGGAAAAGCCGGGCCUCGUUUGGAAAACGCUGUUAAAGAGAUUAUUCAAAUCUUUGUGGAUCAUGCAAACGGGGAUGGCAAGUUAAGCAAGGAAGAGCUGAAGAACCUGUUUGACAAGGAAAUUGAAUGCGCUGAGGCUAAGGCGAAAAUCUGUGCGGGUGACUGUGACAAGAUCAUGAGGCUGAUGGAUAAGAACCGCAACAAAGAGAUCGAAUUUAAAGAGUAUCUUCGGGCUGUGGCCUUCAUUGCCAAAGGCUGCUACCAAAAGAAGACAGGCAGGGACCAAGAAGAUGACGACUAAUCAGAAGACUCAAUAUAAAGCCUCUGAAUGAUUACCAUCAUAAUGUGUAAUAAACAUACUAAUAAUCUGUAUGUAACACUGCCUACACUGACAGCAGAAGCUACAGAAUGCAAUCACUGUCUCUCAAAGUUGUGUUUCUUCAGUACUGGCUAAGAAUAAAUAAAAA